UUCAUCCCAGCCUCACCCAUUUUCGCGUCUCCCCUCCGUGCCUCUUCUUCGCAAAGAAAGCUCUUUCCUCUCAUCUCCAUCUCCCUCCCUCUCCCCACCCCCCAGAACCAGUUAUCGACCCAAUCCCGACCCUCGAGAAGAGAGCGACAGAACAAUGUCUCCCCGCAAGAAAGACGUCCUUUCCGCGGCCACAGCAACGGCCGACUCCAGCGUCGACACCGUCGAAAAAUCCACGCGCAAGCUCCGUCAAAAGGCGCGCGUGGAACGCAUCCACCCCAUCGUGCGCUUCUCCCUGGCCGUGUUCAGCAGCCUCGCGUUGAGCUCCGCGCUCUUCAGCCUCACGACCGGCAUCACCCUCGGCGAGCUCGGCAGCGUGAGCAAACACCUUGAGACAUGGUGGGAAGUAGGAGGCCUGAUGGCCUGGAAGGCCGUCGAGGUCGGACUCGCCUGGAUCCUGGGCUUUGACGGCCGCGACGUGCUCUCCUUCACCUUCCUCACCCACCUGCCAACCUACAGCCUCCUCUCGACCUUCUACGGCCUGCGCCCAACCACAACCCUCACCAGCUACUUCAUCACGCUCGCGUCCACCACUAUCCCCUUCGUCCUCCUCCGCAACCCGACCCCCGUUCACUCGCACACCACCGCCAUCCCCAACCGCUCCAUCCUCCAGGACCGCCCCACCACCAUUUACACCACCAUCGGCGCGACCGCCAUCUUCACCGUCACCCUCUACCUCAGCUACGCGACCACCUGGCUGCCCACGAAACUCGUCACCCACUUCCAGGACCUCCCCGACAUCACCGCCGUGCAUGCCGGCCCCGCCGGUCUCCCCGUGGUGUUCCUGACACUUCUGCCCGCCGGUCUCGCGGCGCGCGAUUUCCUCUUCGCUAGCUCAACGGGCGCAUCUUCCUCGUCCAAGGACACCAAGAAGGAGAAGACCAGCACGGAGGGCGAGUACCUAGCCUGUACCGUGUACCGGAAGACCUGGGGCGCCUUGACCAAGAAGACCCAAGUGCUGAUCUCGCGCACGGCUCUGCUGGCAGGCAUGCUGUUCGUGAACACAGUCAUUCAAGUUGCCGGGACCGUCAACCGCGUGGACGUCGAGGGCGCCAUGGCCUGGGGCACGGUGUGGAGUAUCGCGGCCUUGGUGACGGGCGCUAUGUUCGGAUGGAUCGAAGCUGUUGAUGGUGUAUAAGCAGCUUCAUGAUAGUCUUAUCUUCGUAUCUUCCUCCCUCUACCUUCCUCCUUUCUUCAUGAACUUCUAUGUGACAAAGAGAAUGUGUGUUAAGGUUUUCUCAUAUGGUGUGCUGCUAUCUUGCUUCUAUCACCACUGGUAUCUUUUUGGUCAGUUAGUCAGUCAGGCAGUCAAUUAGCCAUGACGUCGCUAUUCACAAAAGAACAAAACCAACGACGAACGAAGGAGACGAAACCCAAAAAGCAAAUUGACCGGGUUGGGGUUCAGGGUCUGGUUUAGUCUAGUCCAGUCUAGUCUUGUUUCAGCGGGGGU